AUGGCGCUUCAACAUCCAGCAUUUUCUCGCAUCCCCGCGAGUGUCAAACCAAAGCUGUCGCCCAAAGCAGUGGAAACGAUCAUCAAGGUAUACGACUGGGUAGAGUCGGAAUGUAUUCCAGCAGAAUCCGUCAUGGAAAACCAGCUCGAAGGCAACCGUUGGGUCGUACAGCCCAAGAUGAGAGAGUUGAGGGGGCGGGCGCGCGAAGCAAAUCUCUUCAACCUGUUUCUCCCCAAGACAUUCCAAGAAAGCCCCGGGUUGACCAACUUGGAAUAUGCCUGUUGCGCCGAGAUCAUGGGACGAUGCUUCUGGGCGGCAGAGACGAUGAACUGCCACGCCCCCGAGACCGGAAAUAUCGAACUGCUCGCCAAAUACUGCAACACCCAACAGAAAGAGAAGUGGCUGAAGCCGCUCCUGGAGGGAACUGCCAUGUCUGCCUACAGCAUGACAGAACCCGAGGUUGCUUCGUCCGACGCCACGAACAUUAGCUGCAGGAUGCACAGAGAAGGUGAUGAAUAUGUCAUCAACGGGCGGAAGGUCUUUGGAGGCUCCACGAUGAAUCGAGAUCUCACCUUCUUCAUUCUGAUGGUCUGCUCGGAUCCGUCAAAUCGCAACGCCUGGAAACGACAUUCCAUGUUGAUUGUUCCGACCAACACCCCGGGAAUCAAGCUUGUCAAAAACCUGACAAUCAUGGGAUAUGAUGACGCCCCUCAAGGACACGCAGAGUAUCUCUAUACAAACGUUCGAGUCCCCGUGGAGAACCUGAUCCUGGGAGAAAGUCGGGCAUUCGAGAUUGCUCAAGGUCGUCUAGGCCCCGGGAGAAUCCAUCAUUGCAUGCGCUUGAUUGGGCAAAGCGAGCGUGCUUAUGAAAUGGCGCUGAUCCGAGCCAUCGACCCACGGAAGAAACCCCGCGGGAAACUCAUUGGGGAGUUCGACAGUAACAUCGAACGGCUUGCACAGAUGCGGCUGGACAUUGAUACCAUGCGGCUCAUCGUGCUCAAUGCCGCCGAGACCAUGGAUAUCCUGGGCAACAAAGCCGGACGUCAGGCCAUUGCACAUUCCAAGAUUGCCAUUCCAUCCAUGGCUGCUAGAGUUAUUGACGAAGCGAUGCAGAUGCAUGGCGGACUGGGGCUCACCCAGGAAAGCUUCAUGCCGCAUGCUUGGACCUAUGCACGCUAUGUCCGGCUCGCAGAUGGACCAGACGCCGCACAUAGGCAUCAGGUCGGACGAGAUGAGCUGAAACGAGCCGCCGAAUUGCAGGCCCGGCACCGCAAAUACCAGUUGAGGGCGGGGGAGCUGGCUGCUAAAUUAUGA